AUGUAUGGAGACUGUAGGGAGGAAACAAGAGAGGAAGGCACACUUACUGCUGAAAAUGAAUUCGUUGGGAAAGAUGAGGAGGUAGUGUUAGAAAGAGAUCUGUGGAACUGCUCAGUGUUGUGCAAGGGAGAAAAGAGAGGUGUUAGCGGUAAAGGAAAUCUGGAUAAUGAAAUUAGAGUAUCGUCUGAGUACGAAAACACGGGGUAUAAGGAACUGAGUAGCUGGGAUACUCUUACCACCGAAAACUCCACAACUCCACACAAGCAAGAACCUCCCGAUCAAUCAAAUCCUCCUCAAUUUUCCAUCCAAGUAGCCCCAGCAGAUAUAAAUACAUAA